CGCAGCGGCGGGGGAGGGACGCGUGCGCGCGGGAUACCCUCUCAGCCGCUCACUCGCUCCUCUCCCUCAUUUGCGCUUGGCUCCCACGCAAGCACAUACGACACGAGAGAGAAAGAGAGAGAGAAAGAAAGUGAGAGAGUCGAUGUGAGAGAGAGAGGACUACUGCCGGGGAACAGGAACUUUUUCUUCAGCAGAGUACAGCAUCCAUCGGCUCGUUAUUUCAAAAGUAUGAGGCAGUGUAAAGGCUGGAGGAGUGGGCUGCUGCUACUGGUUCUGCUGGGGGUUUGGGGGACUUUGGCGCAGAAGCUGCCCACGCGAGAUGAGGGACUUUUCCAGAUGCAGAUCCGAGACAAAUCCAUCUUCCACGACUCAUCCGUCAUUCCCGACGGAGCCGAGAUCAGUGGCUACCUCUUCAGAGACACGCCCAAAAGAUACUACUUUGUGGUGGAAGAAGACAACACGCCGCUGUCGGUGACGGUGACCCCGUGUGACGCGCCGUUGGAGUGGACGUUGACGCUGCAGGAGCUGCCAGAGGAGGCCAGCGGCGAGGCGUCAGGGGAGCCCGAGCCGUUGGAGCAGCAGAAGCAGCAGGUGACGGUGGACGAGGGCACAGAGCUGUUCACCUACAAGGGCAACGACGUGGAGUCCUACGUGGCCGCCAGCACACCGUCCGGCCUCUAUCAGCUUGAGCUGCUGUCCACCGAGAAGGACAGCAACUUCAAGGUGUACGCCUCCACCACGCCAGAGUCCGACCAGCCCUACCCGGAGCUACCCUACGAUCCUCGGGUGGACGUCACCUCAUUGGGUCGCACCACCGUCACCCUGGCCUGGAAGCCCACGCCCACCGGGUUCCUGAUGGGCCAGCCGGUGCAGUAUUGCGUGGUCAUCAACAAGGAGCACAACUUCAAGAGCAUGUGUGCCGCCGAGGCUAAGAUUGGCGCCGACGACGCCUUCAUGCUCGCGCCCAAGCCCGGCAGGGACUUCAGUCCGUUCGACUUUGCCCACUUCGGCUUCGUCCCGCCCGGCAAAGAACGAGGCCUGACGAGCAACAAGAUCUCACGGGCGUACCCGGCCAAGCCUAAAAUGUCGGACAUUCACAAGUUGUGCAUCGGAAACAAAAACAUCUUCACCGUGUCUGACCUGAAGCCUGACACGCAGUACUACUUUGACGUGUUUGCCGUCAACUCGGCCACCAACACCAGCACGGCGUACGUGGGCACCUUUGCCCGCACCAAGGAGGAAGCCCAGCAGAAGACGGUGGAGCUCAAGGAUGGCAAAGUGUCAGACGUGUUCGUCAAGCGAAAAGGCAGCAAGUUCCUCCGUUUCGCCCCCGUGUCGUCGCACCAGCGGGUGACGCUCUUCGUGCACGCCUGCCUGGACGCGGUACAGGUGCAGGUGAGGCGUGACGGCAAGCUGCUCCUCUCGCAAAACGUGGAGGGCGUGCGACAGUUCCAGCUGCGCGGCAAGCCCAAAGCCAAGUACCUGAUCCGCCUGCGGGGAAGCCGCAAGGGCGCCUCCACCCUGAAGGUGCUGGCCACCACCCGAGCGGGCAGCAAGCAGCCUUUCCCAUCCCUGCCCGAGGACACCCGUAUCAAAGCCUUCGACAAGCUGCGCACCUGCUCCUCCGUCACCGUGGCCUGGCUGGGGACGCAAGAACGCAACAAAUACUGCGUCUACCGCAAGGAAGUGGCCGACGACUACGGCGAGGAGCAGAGGCGGCGCGAGCAGAAUCGCUGCGCGGGGCCCGAGAUGCGGCGCAAGUCCGAGAAGGUCCUGUGCAAGUACUUCUACAGCCCCAACCUGCAGAAGGCGGUGACCACGGAGACGGUGGCAGGGCUGGAGCCCGGCAAGAGCUACCUGCUGGACGUCUACGUGGUGGCGCACAGCGGCCACUCUGUCAAGUACCAGAGCAAACUGGUGAAAACGAGGAAGUACUGCUAAAAAUGACUACGCACAGAGGAAGAAAUCUAUUAUAAAUAUAUCUAUGGAAUAAGUUUAUUUAACUCUUUGAAAGAUACACAGACUGACUACUCAGACGGAAGGGACUUUUGCUGGAGACAUCCACCUGUAUAUUUAUGUUUACAUUUCCCUCCCACCUCGUGAGCAGGCUUGUCUUUCAUUGUCGCUGCAUGACUAUUGACUAUCGGAAAUCAAAAAACAAAAAAGUGACUGAUUAUUUUGUCGUCUGUUUUUUUUAUGGAACACGCACACACACAAAAGAAAAGUCACAUCCGCCUGUUCUGAGCAUCCCAAUCUGGGCCUUCUUUUGUGGAUUUUCGUCUGUGUUUGCAUCAUUUAGAAUCUGUACUGAAGCGUUGAAUUGCCAACAUGUCGACUGGCAAAUAUGUUCCAACGUAUACUUGCGAAUCAUUGAAAAAUACAAAUAAACAGUGUUUCCGUAAUUUUGGAGCAUAUCAGCAUUAUAUAGGCCUAAUGGAAAAAAAAGAAUUAUGUCAGUACCCCUAGGCACUAUGGGGAAUUUUUUUUUAUUAGCAUUUAGCUUACAGGUACAUUUGAAUGUAUUUACAAAUAUGUUGAACUUGAAAGUACUUGCAAAUACAUUCUAUUAUUUUUGCAAAUGCAUUCAACUGUAUUUGCCAGUCAAAAAUGUUUUACACUACACUACAAAUUUUUUUUUUUACUGCAGCUGAAACAGUACCUCUACAUCUGUUUCCCCACACGUGUGUGGCUUACAUACCGAGUGUGACUACUUUUCACAAUCAUGAUCCAUCUGCCGUAUCAUAUCAACAAAAAUAUUGUACAGUGUUUCCUUGCUAUCUCGCAGAUUUUCAAGCAAUCGUGUUUUUGUUGUGUAUUUACUUAUUGUGAUGCCCUCAUAUGUGGGAAAGGGCCCCCGGUUCCCGACCUCAGAUAGAGACACGGCAAUACGUGACAACAAGAAUCGUAUUUUCUGUACAUUUUCUGUUUGUAUUCAAAUUUGAACAAUGUGUUUCAAAAGUGUGUUUUAACAAGUUCCAAUGUGUUCAAAGCGCGUAAAAACUACAACAAAGAUAUUGUUUGCACGGUCUCCACGUUGCAGAUUUUCACCUGUUGCAAAAGUGAAAACCGUGAAAAAGUAACAGUUCUAUUUGUUCUUAGAUUAAACAACCAAAUGAGAAAAUAAUCAGUCACUUUUUUCGUUUUUGUUAUUUUCACCGGCCAAGGGAAAAUAGAAAGAACAAUCCACGGAUUGAGGACGCUAUCUUGUACAGACCUCUCGCUGCCUCCCGAGACUUUUAAAUUAUUUUCUACUUUUUCUCUCUGUGUGUUUGUUUCUCUUGAUGAAGUGUUACCAUGACAUUCCUUUUGUGUAAUCGCUCUCUUGUAACUGUGCCCUGCCCUGUGCUUGGUGACGUUGUUAUUAUCACUGUACCGACGUGUGCGUUUGCGUGCGCGAUGGCCUGAAUGUGUGCACGAGUGCGUGUCACGUGUACACAGUUGUCAAUGUACAUAAACACUAAAUAUAGAAAACGUAAUCCCUGUGUCA